AUGAAAAAUUGGAUACGCAGCUGUUUGAUUUUGUGUAGUUUUUCAUUGACCGUUUCAACAACGAACAACUAUCAAAAUGUGACAUCUUUUUCGAUCGAUUACGAUAAUGAUCGUUUCCUUCUCGAUGGAGAGCCGUUUCGUUAUUUAUCCGGUUCCAUUCACUAUUUCCGGGUUCAUCACCGCUAUUGGGAGGAUCGUUUGAGGCGGAUGAGAGCGCUUGGAUUGAACGCGAUACAGACAUACGUUCCAUGGAAUUUCCAUGAGCCCGUCGAGGGGCAAUAUAUUUUCGACCAUCAACGAGAUCUCGUCGAGUUUCUGCGAAUCGCGGAAAGAUUGGGUCUUUACGUGCUGUUGAGACCCGGGCCAUACAUUUGCGCGGAAUGGGAAAACGGUGGGCUUCCGUGGUGGCUGCUGAAAAGAGAAGGGAUACGAAUGCGAGUCAAUGAUCCACUCUACACAACAGCCGUCGAAAAAUGGAUGAGCGUUUUGUUACCAAAAAUCGAGCCUCUUCUGCGAAAAAAUGGCGGCCCGAUUCUCAUGGUACAAGUGGAGAACGAGUAUGGCAGUUAUGGUGGAUGUGACGGCAAUUACACAAUUUGGUUGCGCGAUCUUUACAAGAAAUUUCUCGGAGAGGACACUCUUCUGUAUACAACGGAUGGCGGUGAUGAGUACUUUCUAAAAUGUGGCCCAAUUCCGGGUGUCUAUCCAACGAUCGAUUUUGGGCCCACUUCAUCAGAAGAUGUCGAUAAAGCUUUUAAAGCGCAAAGAAAUCACACACCAAAUCAUCGGGGUCCAUUGGUGAAUUCGGAGUACUAUGUCGGAUGGUUUGAUAUGUGGAACGCGACAAGAGAUGACAGCACUCCUGAUCAGAUCGUCGACACGGCAAAAUACAUGUACGAGCUGGGAGCAAGCAUCAACUUCUACUUGAUACACGGCGGGACAAAUUUCGGCUUUUGGAAUGGUGCCGAAAAUGAUGGAGCGGUGUUGACCUCGUACAAUUUCUCGGCUCCAGUUGAAGAGGAUGGGAGUAUCAACUCCAAGUACUUGGCCCUUCGCACGUGGAUCAAAUCGCUGAAAGAUUGGAAACAAAAGCCACAAGAUGUGCCGAGGAAUCCAAAAAAAAUUGGCUAUGGUAAAAUAAAAAUGGAGCACGUGGGCGGGUUGUUGGAUUUACCUUCAAAUCAAUGUGUGGAGAGUGAAAAGCCGAAAACUUUCGAACAAAUGGAUCAUUCGAUGGGAUUCAUGGCUUAUUCAACGAUUCUAAAAACUUGUGGCAGAAACCUGACCUUUCCCGAGUACAAAGACUGGUUGUACGUGUUUCUGGAUGGAGAGCAUCAGGGUACUCUCUAUCGUCAUCCAACGCCCCAUCAAACAACGGUUCAACUGAAGAACUGUCGCGUUGGGCAAGAGGUCACGAUUUUGGCGGAAAACGAGGGUCGAUUGACAUAUGAGACGAUAAAUGAUUACAAGGGAAUUCUCGCCGAUGUUUCCCUUGAUUCAACGAAACUCUCCGAUUGGAACACUUGCACGAUUCAGAUUGGAAAGGGGGAGAAAUUUCAAGAGAAAACGCUGCAAAAGCUGAAAAAACUGAAGGCAAAAGGACAAAAUAAUAAAGUUCUUCACGGAGUUUUCACCGGCACAUUCAACAUUGAGAAGGGCAAUCUCGCCGACACGUUUAUCGAUUUCUCCAAUUGGGGAAAGGGCCUCAUUUUGGUGAAUGGACACAAUAUUGGAAGAUAUUGGAAGAUUGGACCACAGUUUGCCCUCUACGUGCCAAAGCACUUCUUGAAAGAGGGAGGGAAUCGAAUUUUCGUCAUCGAGCUUUUCCACAAAUAUUUUGAUUGUAACGCAAAGCACAAAUGCAAGAUUGAGUCGAUUGAUCACGGAAUUUGGCGAUACAAUAGCACAAUGAAAAUUCGUUUCACUUACAAAAGGCCG